CCUCUGCUUGGAGAGUAUGAGCUGGGAUGGUGAUAGGGAAUGGGAGGAGAGAGCGAGAGGAUGGAAUCAAUCAGUAAGUGGGUAGGGGGUGGCUCACGUGUACGCCGACAGGAAGUGGAACUUUUCAUCAAAACAAUUCACACCCGCGCGUCAAAGUGACUUGGUGAGCGUCAAAGACCAAAGACAGUGACUGUCAUUUGCAUGAAUCAAACGCGCUUGCGCUGGUGUACGCAGUAAUUGUGUUGAAAAGUUUCCGAGUCUGUCUGUUAGUUGUUGCUUUUACAAGCCUAAGCGAAAUUGCAACGUUUUUCAACUGAUAGCGAAUCAUGGCCACACCAUGUGAGUCCGAUGGGACUCCAUUGUCCGAGCCCACUGUUGCUGGCUGUAGGAAAACUCUGCUAGAGUUCUGGAGUUCUGGCAUGACGAACUAUGGGACGGAUGAAGGCAGAGAGAAACUCAAGAUGGCAGUUCAGACCACCGGUCUUCCCGAACUUACGGUCAAGCACUGGAUUGAUAAUGAGAAGCGAAAAGGCCGCGGGAAAAAGCGAAAAGAGAAGUUGCCAGACCCCUAUGGACGGAGGAAAAGGCCUUGUGAUCUUUUCAAGAAGGAGUUCAUGAAAGGAAAGGCUGGUCCAUCUGUAAUAGCGGAAGCUAAUGCGGCGUGGGCCUCUCGGCAGCCUGAAGAGAGCCAGAAGUAUGAGGAGAUGGCUGCACAGUCAACCGUCCCAACCGUGGAUGACCUGAGUACCCAAGCUAAAGGAAUGGCUGCAACGAAGCUGAAGAAAAAGAUGGCUGAACUUGUUUCUAAAAUGCAGUCACUGGGCUGUGACGUUUUCUGUCUAGUGUAUGACUCCAACACACCGAGUGUGUGGGAUGAUGGGUCUCCAAAAGCAAGGGCAUUCUUCCAGGAAAGAAUGCCUGGCCUGGACACCCAGUUUAUUCUAGCAGUGGGUGGACCUAGUGCACCAACGAAGAUCGCAACUGCAAAAGAAAGGGCAGAAGUCGUCGGGAAAGUCACAGACAAACUGAAUGCCAUAGCAAAAGCAACACCGGGUCUCCGGAGAAAGAAAGGCUUUCCAUACGGGAUGGUGAGGGACAAGAAGGCAGUUGUGGAAGGCUUGCCUGAGGGUGUGCAGAUCAGAGAACUCUCCACAAUGGGGCUCCCAGACCUGCGAAAGCUGCUAGCAGUCCUGGAGCAAACAGACAACAUCAGUCUUCGUGUUGUAGAUGAGAGACAAGCUUCCACGGACGUCCCAGGAACGUCAGCCCUCACAGCAGCCCCAGCUUCCACGGACAUCCCAGGAUUGUCAGCCCUCACAGCAGCCCCAGCUUCCACGGACAUCCCAGGAUUGUCAGCCCUCACAGCAGCCCCAGCUUCCACGGACAUCCCAGGAUUGUCAGCCCUCACAGCAGCCCCAGCUUCCACGGACAUCCCAGGAUUGUCAGCCCUCACAGCAGCCCCAGCUUCCACGGACAUCCCAGGAUUGUCAGCCCUCACAGCAGCCCCAGCUUCCACGGACGUCCCAGGAUUGUCAGCCCUCACAGCAGCCCCAGCUUCCACGGACGUCCCAGGAACGUCAGCCCUGUUGGCCAUCCCAGCCCCCCAAGCCGCCCCCCAGACAUCUUACACCAAUCAGCCUGAAGACCAGUUACCAAUAUCUGAGAAAUCCUCCAAUGUCAGCGCCAUGGAGCUGUUACGCAACAUUGCAGACAGAUUUGCGGAUAUGGCAUCUGGCCAUAAUGUGUAGGAUGAAGAGGAAGUUAAUCCAUGAUAGUACUAGAGCCUGUUAGUAGUAGUAGUAGUAGUACAGGUAGUGGUAUCAUUAUUUGAUUUAUUUUUUAAAAAGUUAUUUUUGUUUAAAAUUGAUGCCACCUUCCUACAAUACCAGUAUGAUAAUUAUGAAACACAGUGACUGUCAUAGUGUUUCCGACUGACUUCCAAAGUAUAACACUUGCACUAGGGAACAACUAUUGACAACUAUUGCAACAGCACAUGAUAAUCAUUGUUGAAUAAAUGAGAAACAUACAAUCCUUGAGUUGUUCAGGGACUCUGUUGCACCAUAUAGGAAACUCUGUUUGUCCAUGUUGACUUACUUAUCAGAUAGUACUAAGGUCAACUUGAUGAAUUGCAAUAAAGAGUGCAGACACCUA